CUCUCUAGCUGCAGGAGAAGCGGGUGGCGAGUUCGCCAUCGAUCUCGGCCGGGCUUAUUAGGCGGGGGGGCCGGGCGGGGCGGGACUGUACUAGAAGACGGAACGGGGGAGAGGAGGGGCCGAGGGUGAAGCGGCCUUAAAUUAGGAGCCUCCCACGAGAGAGCAGAAAACGGAAGAAUGUGAAUGGGAAUGCAACUUGGGAAUCGCGACUCGCGCAGUUCGCAGCACAUCAGUUGCAGCGCUGCCGCGCCUGUUGUGCUGGGGCGGGAUGCUGCAGCCGCAUCGGCUGCUAGUCAUUCGACAUGUGGACACGUCGAGUAUAUUGUCUCCUUCCUUCCACCCAUUCUGCUGUUGCGCUGCUGCGAAGCGGAACGGAGCGUUUGUAUGAUCACGAGGUUGGCUGCUGUCUGUCUGUCUGCCUGCCUGCCUGUGGCCGCACCGAAGCAGGCGAUGGGCGGAGCGCAGCGGCGAACGUGAACUCUCACCUUUCUUCGGAUGGCCACUGUUACCCUCUGCAGUCCCAUUGCAAGUCGAGCUGUGCGCUGAUGACAAGUUCCUCACUUCCUCAGUUCUACAGUAAUCCUGGCAGUGGUCGGUCGUUGACUUCGUGUCUCCCUGAAUUGGUGACAAGGAGAGAGAACUUAUGUUCCGUUGUCAGAUCAUUGUGAUCGCGUUCUCUCGAGUUGGGUUCGGUUUCGAUUGAUGGCAUUAUUCAUUCACUCAGGACUUAUGACAGGCUGGGUAUGGUGGAUCGAGCAAGCGAUCUAGCUACAUAGGUAGCUCAAAUCAGAUACUGUACACGUUUAUUCCGCAGCUAGGACUUUAUUAUACUUAUUCUUUUCUUUUCUUUUUUAUAACGAUUAUUCCUCUUUGAAUGCAUGAGUGAAGUCCUGCAGGCGCUCGUGACGAGAGAGGCUAUAUGCACAGGAAGAACCCGGCCGUGCUGUGAGGAGCAUUAACAUUCAUUCUAUCUGAUGGGUUUCGUUAAUCUUGUUGGAUUGAUUCUCUGGACACUGACCCCUCUGCUGGUAUGGGCCACUGAUUCUAGGAGACCGGCAGGGCAGCGAACGCCCACACUUGCUCUUCUACAAGUUUGUGGUCGCUCGCUCGUCCGAACACCAUGUAUCUGAUUGCCAAGUCAGUCAGAAUCUUGCGGAUGUUCACGUGGCGAAAGACUCGUCAGCAAUUCUGCUGUUGAACUACUACACUCGAGGAUGCAUUUCUAACGUCUAGACUUGAGACUCUUCCGCCUGUAUCAGCUCCCCUAACGUUGCGAGUGCAGAUGAUCAUGAUGGUCGGAACACCGUGCACGAUCCUCACACCGAACGGUGUAUAGCAAUUCACACUCAUGAGUCCGCUGAAAUGGCUUCCGCAUUUUAAACGUCGACUUGCAGUUUGCUCCAAACCCAGGAAUUCUUUCUUCGAUCCCAAAGUGGAGUCAGUCAGCCUGCGCCAAUUCUAAGUGUAUGCAACUAGGGCUGUAUUUUCAAAACCAGAAUUGCUGAAGAGUUUUUUGCCCCGGUCUUCUCAAGAAUGUAGGAAGUUUUCAUCCCGCCUGUACUGCUACUACGACGGAAAUUUAUUUGCUCUACCUACCGAAUGUUGCUGUGUUGAGCGCGAUCGCCCGAACUUGGAUGAAGUGGAUCGUGACGUCGGAUUCUUGUGUAUUAACGUGGCGAAAGACUUUUCAGCAAUUUUGCAUUUGAAUGUCACUAGCCUCGAGAAGCAUCCUACGUCCAGUUCCAAGAUAGUCUCAGUCCUCAUUCACCCCGAACUCAUUUUUCAAUAUACCUUUCCUAAUCAAUCGUGGAUUGCAUCGGUCCUACCAGGAAUACUAGAAAACCUCUGAUAGCUCACGAUAUUAUAGCUGGUUUCACCUCGAGAAUGGUUCUUCACUAUGCUGCGAUUAGUGAAUCCCGUCGAGCUAGUGGGUGUGUAUCAAGAUGUCUUGACAUUCUGCACUGGCCUGCGUUCCAGGUUCAAAGACAGAAUUGCUGAAGAGUUUUUUGCCACGGUCAUCUCAAGAAUGUAGCUUGAUGGAACUUCCUUUCACCUUUUAUGUCACCAUUUCUGCUGUCACCGUAGGUGGAUUGGUUCUUUUGCUGCAGAUUUGAGAUACUUGCGAACAUUGGAGGAUUCCUGAAGUCUUUAAUCUACUGAGGUAUGCGUCAAUUCAGACUCAGCUGGAUGUUCGAGGGCGCUCGUCGAGGAGGAAAUUAUUGCGGUCUAUUCAUACUUUGUGCCUCGAGACUACGUUAUAUUGUUGUGGAGCUGAACUUUUAUUCCUUCUGUAGACAUGGCAUCGUGGUCGUUCUUAGUAUUUAUAUGUAGAAGGUUCAUUGUUGAGGAGCGGUCGAUAAUGGAAACAUAUGUAUAUGUUCUGAUCCAUACGACUCCUUGAAGGCAGGUUCGCUGGCUACGUGCUGCAACUGUUACAUUAUAUUUUAAGUAGAUCGAACAAAGUUCGUGAUGUCUGAUUCAAAGACUUGUUAUGAAAUAGGCAACAUAUCAAUCAAGAAGUCUCGGCUUCAACUCGAGUAAUUG